AUGGUGCCGCCACUUGUUUCAUACACGAAAAUAACCGACUGGAUGAACCAAACAUAUGAUCAUUCAGAGCCUCGGGCUGAUCCAGUACUGCGUUCGCGAACGGCCGUACCUUUGACCGUCAUUGAAUGUACUACGCGAAGCCUCAUUAUUCUCCCAGAGAACGAGGCAUAUGUUACUGUUAGCUAUGUCUGGGGCUCUGUGACAUUUGAUCAGACUACCACACAGUCUGGAAAAUAUGAGCCCAACUCGCUGCCACUACAGCUCCCUUCUACCAUUGAGGAUAGCAUCACUGCUUGCUUAGCUCUAAACUUCCGUUACCUAUGGGUUGAUCGAUAUUGCAUCCAUGGAAGCCAUGAUGUAUGCGCACAGCAAAUUAAACACAUGGACAAGAUAUAUUCCGAGUCAGCCCUGACUAUCAUUGCUUGUGCAGGAGCCGACUCUUCUUAUGGGUUGCCGGGAGUGUCUCGCCCGCGCAAACCAGAUCCGAGCAUUGAAAUCAAAGGUCUCGGCUACCUACGAGCAAUACCUGCCAUGUACGACAUAGAAAGCAGCGUUUGGGCGACAAGAGGAUGGACCUAUCAAGAAGCAUUGCUAUCGAAAAGACAAUUGUACUUUACAGAGAAACAGUUGUUUCUUGGCCUUUACGAUAAGAUUGAGAGUGAAGCGGUAGUUCAUGGAGGAGACUGGGUUUCAGGGGCGAUAUCAGACGUGGCAAGAAGCAAACACUCAUUGGGCAUGUCGAACGUUUAUGACUGCAUUGGAGAGUACUCGGAGCGCCAACUUUCAUACCCUGAAGAUAUUUUAAAUGCCUUGCUUGGUAUUUUAUCCAAAUUCCAUGAAACGCGAGGGGUAUUCCAUGUCUGGGGCGUGCCAUUUAAAGGCAGCAACUCGAACCCACCCGAGGGCUCAACUCAGUCGAAUGAACUGGUAUUCGAAGAAAGCUUGUGCUGGAGUGCCAAUAAGCAAACCCCCCGAAAAGGGUUUCCCACCUGGUCCUGGACGUCCAGAGAUGGCGUGGUUCGCUGGCCGAUUAUGUUCCCCCUGACGCUGGUGUCUGCCCCGUCGAACGCAGGAGCUGCACCAAAGUUUGAGGUGGAGCUUAGGUCAGGCCAAUUAUGCAGUUUGUCAGAAUACCAGGUGCGCUACGAUCAUCUCAACAACUAUAGCGAAGCAGUGCUUUCCCAGGACCGUCCAAGCCAAUUCAUUCAUGUCGAGGCGUUUGUGUCCCCGAUUGUCAAGAUCCAGGACAUGGUCAUUUCGGACAGGGUAGUUUUAAGAUCAAGCACAGGAGAGCCAAUCUUCUUGGAGGUUGUUGGAAGCGAAAGACUGGCUCCAGGCCUGCCGGGUUCACUUGUGGCUGUUCACCUGGUCACUGGUAGUUACGCCCAUGUUCGUACCAAAUACGCACUCAUCGUCCGCGAUAUGGGGGACCAUUGGGAGCGUGCUGUUCUGAUAGAAGAUAUCGAGUGUCUCCUCGAGGGGGCUGUCAAGGUCCGCAGGAAGCUUCGACUUGGUUGA